AUGGCGUUGGUACACUUACAACUACUGGAACUUGAAGACACUUUCAGUGUACUCAGUGGAGCUACCAGUGCAGCAGCAGACACUAUCAGUGUAGAUACCAGUGUAGCAGCAGACACUAUCAGUGGAGCUACCAGUGUAGCAGCAGACACUAUCAGUGUAGCAGCAGACACUAUCAGUGUAGCUACCGGUGUAGCAGCAGACACUAUCAGUGUAGCUACCAGUGUAGCAGCAGACACUAUCAGUGUAGAUACCGGUGUAGCAGCAGACACUAUCAGUGUAGCUACCAGUGUAGCAGCAGACACUAUCAGUGUAGCUACCAGUGCAGCAGCAGACACUAUCAGUAUAGCUACCGGUGUAGCAACAGACACUAUCAGUGGAGCUACCGGUGUAGCAGCAGACACUAUCAGUGGAGCUACUGGUGUAGCAGCAGACACUAUCAGUGGAGCUACCGGUGUAGCAGCAGACACUAUCAGUGGAGCUACCAGUGUAGCAGCAGACACUAUCAGUAUAACUACCUGUGCAGCAGCAGACACUAUCAGUGUAGAUACCAGUGUAGCAGCAGACACUAUCAGUGGAGCUACCGGUGUAGCAGCAGACACUAUCAGUGGAGCUACCGGUGUAGCAGCAGACACUAUCAGUAUAGCUACCAGUGUAGCAGCAGACACUAUCUGUGGAGCUACCUGUGCAGCAGCAGACACUAUGCAGCAGCAGACACUAUCAGUAUAG